AUGAAAUCGGGUGGCCUGCUGCGGCUGCAAAUACUUAUUGGAUCGGACAUCGACAUGUCGAGGUAUGGCCCCGAUUUCUGCAUCAUCUCCAACAUUCGCUCUUCGGUAUCAAGUUCUUCAAUUGCUUCAUCAUAUAUAAAACCUGUAAUGUCAGCUCGCUUCAGCAACUACUUUGACGAAGCAGCCGUGAGGGUCCAGAAUCGCGGACCCCGCUCAAGCAACAGUCCUAGGCGCGUCGGAGAUUUGGAGACUCUGGUAAACCUGAAUGCUCACUACAGUGAGUUGGAAUGUCGCGAGGUCACUCGUAUGUUCGAAGGCCUGGACUUGAGAGUUCGCAAUCUAGAGCAAACCGCGGAACUCAGAAUUCGCCAUCAAGAACAUAUUGCGGAGGUCCGUCAGCCAAAUGCUCCCAACCCCCAUGAGCCUGGUGCUGCCGUUGGCGAAGGAAAUCGUCCCGAAGAGGCGCCUCCGGGGAGGGCCGCCGGUGCAGAUGAAAUGGUUUUGGAUCGACCCGAACCCAUGAUACAUUACGGUCGCGCGGGGCCGGAUGCAAACACACCCCGUGAUGAGGCAAUGCUGGCAAUGACCCAAGUGAUUACCCGAGUGACAGCUGCAGUGACUACCGCGACCGUCUCCGCUUUGCUUGACUAUGACGAGCUCUUUGAGGGUAUCUCCGACGAGGACAGAACAGAUCUCUUUGCCGCCGCAGGGGUUCCUCGACCACAUGAUGGGCCAGAUGCGGCGGAGGUCGCGCGGAGGAACGGCAUUAUUGAAAGAAACUUGGUGGAGUUCGUAUUGAAUGCGAUGUUGCCAAGGUAUUGGGAAGACGAUGAUGCAUUCAAGCUCGAAUAUUUGCGACAACUCACGGCUGAUGUGAAGGCCCGGGCGGAGGCAGACAGGGACAUGUGGGGGCGAUUAUUUGAGUUCCGCCGGCUAUCGAUCGAGGGGCGUGGGCGGCCCCGUGUCCGCGGAAUGGAUGCGGAUCUAGAAGAGUUCGGACACCAAAUACGAGAGCCCGCGGAGGAGGAAGAGGCCCCCCUGGAUCCAAGUGAAGCAAGACGGGCGGAGAUGGAAAAGCUCGUCAAAAGCAUCAGGAACUCUGAGCGCACCAUCCAAAGGGCCGGGCGGGCUAUACAAUUGUGCCAGCACUCGAUCUCAGGCGAUGCGACUAGACUGGCUACGUUGCGCGGCGAAGAGGAUCGACACCAAGCGGCUCAAAUGGACGCGGGGAUGGAGACACCUCAAGCCGAAGGACCUGGGGCAGAUGAUCCGGCGCAGGUGGUAACUGAAGAAGAGAAUCAAGUGCCUCGCCCAUUGCAUCCCGAACGCCGUGGUGAUGUUCUCCCGAGGACGGCCUAUCGCACCGAGGGUGAAGGGACGGUCACGCAAAAGCGAGGCAACGACUGCGGCCCAGGGGAAGGCGGAGACGGAGGAUCCAGUAAGCGUACGAGGUUUGAACGUGAUUGA